AUGUCAAAAUACUUAAUUUUCUUCUUAGUAAUUGGGGUGUAUACAACAAUAGAUUUAAAUGAAAGUGAACUUAUAUAUCUGGCAAAUCAUUUGAGUAUAGAGGAAUGUAGAAAAUUGGUCGCAUAUGCACAUUACAAAUCGUUUGAUUUACCCAACGAGCUAGAUCAGGCAGAACAUAAGCUAUCUCUGGGCACAUCUUGCAUAGAUCUUCUGAACCAUUGGAAUUCUGCAAAAGGUGAAGGCAAAGGGGAAACCCAUGAAGUCCUGGAACAUAGGCUGAGACAGAUGAACAAAAAGGACCUUGCUGACUGGCUGGGGAAAACAGUUUUUAGACAGUUGGGUCCAGAUAUGGAAAGGGAGCUAAAAUAUGGCUUCAAAGAACUUUUGAACGACACCACUACCAUAAGAUACGCAAAAGGGCCCACAUUUAUGCCCGUCAUCGACGAUACCCCCCCAACAACAUGGCUCCCCAUAGAUUCCAUUCUAUACGCGAUUAUAGUUAUUUUACUGGUUAUUUUUAUUAUAGUUUGUUUCCAAGCUUGCUACGUGGUCUGGUACAAGUGCUUGGAGAGAAGGCGCAAGGGUAAAAACAGGAUGUACAGGAGGGUUUCAAAUGAUGUGUCGGAGUCUGAAGACGAGGAGGAUGAUAAAUUUGACAUAAGAAAUCACGAAAAAUCGAAAAAAAUUAAAGAAAACUCUGUUUAA